AUGGCGCACAGAGAGAAAAAUGCGGACUUCAUCGCGCUUGCAAAGACACUUUCUGUGGAAAUACCAUGGUGUGAUGACUAUGAGAAGAUGAUAUCCGGCAUGACAUAUAAUUCAUUCGCGCCGGAAUUGGUUGAAGGCCGAUUGCGUGGACGCAAGCUCGUCAAGAAAUACAACGACUAUCUUCCAGAUGACGCGACGGACGAGUCCUUAGCAGCAGACCGUGACGUUAUGCUAAAAGAGUUUAUUGGGCAUGUUGGUAAAGACGUCUGCAUUGAUCCACCUUUCCGAGUUGAUUACGGGUGCAAUAUAAUUAUUGGAGAUAGAUUCUACGCAAACUUCAACAUGGUGAUUCUGGACUGCGCAAUCGUGACUAUUGGCGACCGCGUGAAAUUCGGUCCGAAUGUGAGUGUGUUUGCUGCGACGCAUCCGGUAGAGGUGCAGGAGAGACGAGAUGCUCCAGACUAUUCGAAUGAGGUCACAAUCGGGAACGAUUGUUGGAUUGGAGGCCAUUCGGUUAUCAUGCCGGGUGUUACGAUCGGUGAUGGCGUCACAGUCGGUGCAAACUCGGUGGUGACUAGAGAUAUUCCAAGCUUCUCAGUGGCUGUUGGGUCGCCGGCGAGGGUGAUAAAGAAGGUGAAGCCCGUUGAUGACGUGCAGGCAUAA